AUUAUGAAAAUCAUUCUCCCGUCUUUAGAUUUUAUAUAUAAGCUCCCGUACGUUGUCUUCUACGAUCCUCACAAAAUCAAAAAUAUUGAAUUACGCACAUAAUCUCUAUAGAUCUCUUGAUCAACAAAACACUCAACUAUGGGCAACUACGUUUCAUGCGCUCUAAGUAAAACGACUUCGUCUAAUUCAUCAUCAUCAUCACCGGCGGCCAAAGUGAUUCUACCGGACGGUGGAGUGCGUGACAUCAACGUUCAGACAAAAGCGGCUGAGCUCAUGAUGGAGAUGCCAAGCCAUUUCCUCGUUGACGCCAAGUCCUUAAAAAUAGGUCGUAAACUCAUCCCUCUCUCCGCAGACGAUGACCUCGACGUUGGAGGCUGCCACGUAUACAUCGCGUUCCCCAUGACGCGUGUGGCUUCCGCAGCCAACGCAUCCGAUAUGGCUCGGCUCUUCAUGGCCGGCAAGAAACGCUUGAGAAGCUGUGAUAAUAGGAAAGUGUCUCCAGAGGAGAAGGAGGAAGACGUCAGGUUGAUAACGGGGACAAAGCUGAAUCUUGAAGAUAUAGAAGAUUUCUCGGCGGUGGAGUUUAUGCAUCGUAUCUCUGUUUCCAAAUCUAAGAAGCCAGAUUUGGAGACAAUUGUCGAAGAAAACGUGUCGUUGUAAUACAACCAAACCGAUCCAUUUUUAUUUAUUUAUUUAAUUUACUAGUGCCUCCUUUUUGUGGUAUAUUAAUGUAACAGAGGAGACACUAAGUCGAGAUAGUCUUUUUUUUUUUUUUUUUGAAACAUAAGUCGAGAUAGUAUUAGUUUUGUUUUUUCUGGUAAAGUAUUAGUUUUGUUUCCCUUAUGUAAAUGCUUGAUUGGGGUUAAUUACUGAUGUUUCUGGAUUGUGGAAUCAUUGGUAAAGAAUACAAAAUUAUACUUUGACGUAAAACGUAAUCUAUAAGAAUACAAUAUCUGAUUUCAAAUGAAACUUAACAUUAACCU